GGAGUGAAGACUUCUUCUUUUUCUGCAGUAUUUCAGUCAUUUCAUAUUUGCUUUUAUAUCACAACGGCUUAGCAGGGAAGUCGGGUAGCUACUGGGUCUGUUGCAGUUCUGCUGACAUUCACAAAUUGUCUGAUUUUAAAACUAAUUGUUUCUUCGUUUUAGCUGCCGGCUCCUUUGGUAAGGUGAUGAGUGUCAUUUCAGUUCAGUCUGUGAAAAUGGUGACAGCCAUCGUGUUACUGAGCGUCUUCUUAGUUUCAGGUGCUUUGGCUGAUUGUCCUGAGGAGUCAGCCCUAUUCAUUACUGCACCAAAGCAGAUGGAAGCACUGAUUGGAUCCUGUCUGCAAAUCCCAUGUAACUUUAGUCGUAACAUAACCGCUAAAGAGACAUUUGACGGUACAAGACCAACCUUCGGAAUGUGGAUUAAAAGUAGCAAAGAUUUUGCCAAAAAUCCAAAUAAUGUCAUUUUCAACAGUAGCGGGAUGGAUAAUAUCUAUCCAAUGAAUCUUACUGGAGACCUGAGUCAGAAAAACUGCACCACUUUAUUUUCCAGUUUAAUCACAAGUUACACAGACGAGUACUUCUUCAGAAUUGAGAACGGACCAUUCAGGGCAACAGCUUCUUGUAAUCCUCUUCAAAUAACCGUCAUAGAUUCUCCUCCGAGGCCCAGCAUUGAGAUCUCAGGUGAUCUGAAGGAGAAUCAGUCGGUCACUAUAACCUGCUCAGCUUUCACUCCCUGUCCACACUUCCCUCCUGAACUCACCUGGACUCUCCAACAAAACCCUCACAACAAAAUAGAGGAAAACACAGAUGGAACCUUCACAACUAAAAUCCAGAAGACCUUCACUCUGUCAGACGAACAUGAUGGAUUCAUCAUCACCUGUUCAGCCAGAUAUCCUGUAAAUGAAGGAAAAGACAACAAGACAGCAGAGGAGAGAACGACGCUCAGUGUUUCAUAUGCUCCCAAAGACACCUCAGUGUCCAUCAGUCCAUCAGGUUUGGUGUCAGCAGGUAGCCUGGUGAACCUGACCUGCUCCAGCAGAGCCAAUCCUCCCGUCAACUUCACAUGGUUCAAGACCAGCAAAGACGGACCUGUCAGUGUAUCUGAAGGAGACUUUUACAGCUUCAAGGUGACCUCUGUGACAGAUAUAGAAGGUUAUUACUGUGUGGCCACAAAUGAUCUCGGUAGUCAGACGUCAUCACGGAUUAAUAAUGCAGAGAGCUCUGUCAGCUCGCUACAGUGGGGUUCAGCUCUUGGAGGGAUCCUUGUCAUCAUACUCAUCUGCCUUGCUAUCUGUGUUUGGUGGUUUAAGUCGAAACGUCCACAAACUCAGAGUCAAAGAGGUGACGAGCUGACUCUUCAAAUGCCAACCAGCAAAACAGAACAAGACAUCCAUUAUGGAGAGAUCGACUUCUCGAAGCGGAGACCUGAACCGUCCUCGGCCUCGGAGCAGGACAGUGGACAGCAGCAGGAUACGCUGUAUGCACAGGUCAACGUGUCCCAGACAGCGAGCAGCUUAAGAAAGGCUGCUGACGUCCCAGAGGAUCUCUACGCUCAAGUGAAGAAAAAAUGAGUGUUGUUUUGUGAUCAUGUUUGGGUUGGAUUUGUAAUAUACCUUUAUUUUUUACUUAUACAAUAAGUUUUAUAUGUCAGUUAGUGUAGGAAAAGACACUUGAGAAGAAAAUGCAAUCUUCACUGGCCACAGUUAAAUAAAGGAGAACUAGCAAUCUGUACAUCAGAUCAGUGGAAGUAUAAGUCUGAAAAGGCUCUUAAUGGGGAACUAUUCUAAAUAGCGACAUGAGAAGCAGUUCACACAUUAACAAUGUACUACAAGAUUAUAUUUUUUGGAAAGGUUUGUG